CUCCCCGGCGCCUUUCCAGCAGCAGCCACCCACUCCCGCCACCCAGCACCACCCAGCUUGCCUGGCGGCGCGCGGGCUGGGCUGCGAGGAGAGGGGAGGUGUUGGCUCAGGCUCCGUCUCUUCUCCCUCCUCUCCGAUCCCCUUUCCCUGCGGGAGCGAGCGCUUUGCAAAGACAACGAAGGCUCUCGAGUGCGGGGCGGACGAGGCAAAAACACCCGCCCCCCUUCCCUGCCCCGCGGUAAAGCCGGGCAGAAGCGCCCAGCAGCCAGCUAGCCAGCAGCCCCGGCCGCGCCAUCGCCCUUUCUCCGCCAGGAGGCAUGAGCACCUGCGACGCCAAAGAGUAUCUGGCCAAGAGGGAGAUCCCGCAGCUUUUCGAGAGUUUGCUGAAUGGAUUAAUGUGCUACAAACCCGAUGAUCCAGUCGAAUACCUGGAAGGUUGUUUACAAAAAGUGAAGGAGCUGGGAGGAGCAGAAAAAGUAAAAUGGGACACUUUUGUCAGUCCAGAAAAAAGGACACUACCUUCACUGAAUGGCAGCCAGUCAAGAAGAUCCUUUUUGAGGAAUGUGCUCCCAGACAAUCCCAACUUUCCUUACCGGCGGUAUGAGCGACUUCCUCCAAUCCACCAGUUUUCCAUAGAGAGCGACACGGAUCUCUCAGAAACCGCCGAACUUAUAGAAGAAUAUGAGGUAUUUGAUCCUGCAAGAUCUCGGCCUAAGAUCAUCCUUGUCAUAGGUGGUCCGGGAAGUGGAAAGGGAACCCAGAGUCUGAAAAUAGCUGAACGCUAUGGAUUUGAGUACAUAUCUGUUGGUGAAUUGUUAAGAAAGAAGAUCCACAACACAAGUAGUAAUCGAAAGUGGAGCCUGAUUGCCAAGAUAAUUACCACUGGAGAGUUAGCCCCACAGGAAACAACCAUCACUGAGAUAAAGCAGAGAUUAAUGCAGAUUCCUGAUGAAGAGGGUAUUGUUAUUGAUGGAUUUCCAAGAGAUGUUGCUCAGGCUCUUUCCUUUGAGGACCAAAUCUGCACCCCAGAUUUGGUGGUGUUUUUGUCCUGUUCAAAUCAGCGGCUGAAAGAGCGGUUAAUGAAGCGUGCAGAGCAGCAGGGGAGACCCGACGAUAACCUCAAAGCUACGCAGAGACGCCUAACGAAUUUCAAGCAGAACACGGUUCCAUUGGUCAAAUAUUUCCAGGAAAGGGGGCUGAUCAUGACUUUUGAUGCUGAGAGAGAUGAGGAAGAAGUAUUCAAAGACAUAAGCAUGGCAGUUGACAACAAACUGUUUCCUCCUAAAGAACCUGUUGAAGGUCCAGGUGAAGUUGACCUUAAUCUCACUGUGGACCUUGGAGAUAUUGCUGAUAAUGAAUUUGACUUUGAAGACCAGGCAUUUGACCAGUCAUGCCUUUCUGGACCUGAGAAUAUGGGAGGUUUUACGGAAGACCUGAAGAAAUCAAAAAUAAUUUUUGUAAUAGGAGGCCCAGGCUCUGGUAAAGGAACCCAGUGCGAGAAAUUAGCACAGAAGUAUGGAUUUUUGCAUCUGUCGACGGAUGGUCUCAUCCAACAUGAAAUGUCAUCAUUAUCAGAAAGGAGCAGGAUCAUCAGAGAUAACCUGGAAAGCGGCAAACUUGUACCAGGGGAUAUUGUUACGGAUCUCCUGAAAGAAGUUAUACUCGCCAAUAUGGGAGGCACAAAUGGGUUCCUGAUUGAUGGUUAUCCUCAGGAGAUGAAGCAAGGAGAAGAGUUUGAGAGCCAGAUUGGCGAACCGUCUUUGAUGCUCUGCAUGGACUGCUCCUCUAAGACAAUGAGCAGCCGCCUUCUGAAAAGAAGCCAGAGCAGCCAGUGCUCGGAUGGCAGUGAAGAAGCCGUCAUAAAGAGCAUCCAAAAUUACUACCAAGCAAUGGAGCCUGUGAUCACCUAUUAUGAAAACAAAAUUCCAUUGUUUAAGAUAAAUGCAGAAGGGACACCAGAAGAGGUUUUCCUUGAAGCAUGUGCUUCUGUCGAUGCUUUUCUGAAAAAGGAAGGAACGGCAUCAUCUCUUUCCGUGUAAUUGCAACGCUUUCUAUCUCAUAUGCACAGUCAGUGGUCAUCAAAAAUGCUGUCUAAAGCCACAGCUGCUGCCUUGAAAGAUUAGUGCAUAUUGUAAACUUUGUAAAAAAAAUUCAAAUCUGUAUAACCCAUACAGUACAGUAACAUUCAAGUACUGUAUGUUGUCUAUCAUACGGUUUGCACUUUGCAGGUUAAAAAGCAGCAUGGUAAACAACAACUCUAAUUCCUAGAAAUCAUGUCUUGCAUUUCACUAUUGCCUGGUAUACUAUACAGCAUCCGAGUUUCCAGUUAACUGACAGUCAGCAGAACUGACAGAAAUGUUUUGUUUCUGUAAAUGAACAGCUCAAUUCUGAGACUAUUUAAGCUUGCUUUUUUUUCUUAUAAUGCUUGAAAAAAUCUGUUUUCUGACAUUUUAUCUUACUGGCGGAACAUGCCUGCAGUUGAGUUGCAGUCAUUAACACAAAGCAGCAGAAGUUAAGAAAUCUUCUGAAAAAGUGGUAUCUUAUUAUACAAUGUAGUAAGUAAAAUGUUAAGCAGUUAACAAAUAUGAUUAUGGGAUCAGCUGCUGUGUCAACACCAAAAUGGGUACAAACAGCCUAUGUACUUAAAUGUGAUAAUGUAAGGAUACUGCGGUCUGGUUAAAACAACAACAAACCAGUGCCAAAUAUUGCUGGUGCACUUAAUGUAUAAGCACUUAUAGUAUUUGAGUGUCAAAAUACAUAUGUUAAGAUAGCUAACAUGCACCCUUUAAAGAAUAUGGGGGCAUCACAUCAGUACAUGUUGUUUUCUGUUGUCUGACAAGUAUUUCAACUGUAAAUCUCAAUUUUAGGUCUUUCAUUGCCUGAGGAACAUGUGAAAGAGAUGUGCUUUACUCAGCCUGUGUUUAUAAAUCGGCAAGCACAGUCUUUGCACAAAACACAAUGGGUUGAGCCAAAGAAGAUUGGGCAGAAUGCCACUGAUGCAGUGAUGCUCCCCUGGCUCCCCCUCCUCACUAAAAACCCCUGCACAGCCUAAAAUUGACUCCUGGUACAGGAUGAGACAUAGGGGCUCAGGGAAAUUAGAGGAUGUUGGUAGGGGUGCCUUGCAUAAGUAGAAGUACUUUUCCACUCAAGUCAAGGUAUCUCUGGACACAAGUAAAAUUGAUUUCACAAAUAAGUAAAAAUGCUGAGAUUUUCUGAACAAGAUAAAAACAUAUUUGAUUUCUUCAGAAUUGGCUCCUACCUUCUCCUGGACCAUCUACUAUUUCUUCUUGCAUGAUUCAUCUCUGUCAACAGUUGCAUUUUGAAGCAGAUUUGUAUUUUUCAAGCUACUUUUCUUGUACUGAAGAUGUAAAACAAAUAAAAUGUAUGGACAAAC